AUGAGAAUGGAACGAGGGGAGGACGCGCCGGCUGCACAGAAGGCUACUUCGUACGCGUGGGAUUGCUCGCAACAGCCGCUUCCCCCCAGCAGCCGAGGCAAAUGGGUUCGGCUGAAUGUCGGGGGCACCGUUUUCUUAACCACCAAGCAGACCUUAUGCCGCGAGCAGAAAUCCUUCCUCUGCCGCCUGUGCCAGGGAGAAGAGCUGCAGUCAGAUCGGGAUGAGACAGGCGCAUAUCUCAUAGAUCGAGACCCAACUUAUUUUGGACCUAUUCUUAAUUUUCUCCGGCAUGGAAAACUGGUACUGGAUAAAGAUAUGGCUGAGGAAGGAGUUCUGGAAGAAGCAGAAUUCUACAACAUUGGGUCUCUAAUCAGACUAAUAAAAGACAGACUGGAGGAAAAGGAUUACACCAUAACCCAGGUGCCACCAAAGCAUGUCUACAGAGUGCUGCAGUGUCAGGAGGAAGAGCUCACACAGAUGGUUUCUACAAUGUCAGAUGGGUGGCGCUUUGAACAGCUGGUGAAUAUUGGAUCAUCCUAUAACUAUGGGAAUGAGGAUCAAUCGGAAUUCCUGUGUGUUGUCUCGAAGGAACUGUGCAGCUCACCCAGUGGCCUCUAUUCUGAGUCCAGCCGGAAAGUCAAGGUGCCGCCUGUUGCAACACAGAAUCCUGAGGAAGACCCAGAACAAGAACAGCAGAAUGAUGAGUUGCAGCUGCAAGAAGUUGAGAGGCAGGAGGAGGCACCAGUGCAAGCAGAAGGUGGAGGAGCUUCAAAAGAGGGUGCAUGGAGUGCCUGUGUGGGCAUCAAGCAAUAUACAGAAGCCUAAGGCUGGUGAGAGGUGGGGGAAAACUGUGCAUUUGGCAGCUGUUGCACUUUGGUCUAAACUGUUUGUUUUAAUACUAAAUUUGUAGCAAACUCCAGCAACCCAAGAUUUCACUGAUUCUCUUUCUUCGUGUGACCUUUUAGAGGCCUUUUACUUUCUGCUCUUUCCAUUUUACACUCCGUC